GUUUGGUGUUUGGUGUGUUGCUGCAUUUUUUUUAAACCGGACGGAGGCCUUUAACGAUGGAGGAUCGGGAGUUGGAAAUGAUUCGGCGGCAGAGACUUGCUGAAUUACAGGCGCAGCGUGGGGAUGCUCCUGAUGAUCACCAAAACCAGCAAGAAGCGAAACAGCGGGAGUCAGAAAUGAGGAACAGUAUUCUUGCUCAGGUCUUAGAUCAAUCUGCUCGUGCUAGAUUGAGUAAUUUGGCUCUGGUGAAGCCUGAGAAAGCCAAAUCGGUGGAGAAUUAUCUAAUACAGAUGGCAAGAUUUGGGCACGCUGGUGGCAAAAUUUCUGAAUCAGGAUUGAUUGAAAUCCUUGAGAAAGUCAACCAACAAACAGGAAAGCAAACUAUUGUCAAGUUUAACAGAAGAAAAGUAAUGGAUUCUGAUGAAGAAGAUGAUUACUGACUUCUGAACGUACAAGAACUUAAUUUAAUAAUAUGGGGAAUAACAGCUAGAAAAAUAUGCGGUCAGAGGAUGGAUGUAUUUGAUAUUUUUCCCCUUGUUUACUGAGAGAGUUCUUCUCUGUAUAGUUUGAUAACUGUGGGUGGAAAUAACAAAUUCUUGACAACUUGCUGGUUCAAAAUGCUGUUUAGAAAGUGUAGCCGGGUGGUUGUGUGUGGAAAUUCACGAGACUGACUUUUUGACAAGGCGGAACACCAUUUUAAACAAUUUCCCUGGUUACUCCACUCACUGCUGAGAACAGCCACUAAGACCAAGUACAAUUGUGUGCAGGUAAUCCUGAUUAAUGUCUAAAUGGAAGAAAUAUCUGCAGUUUUAUUUCAAUCAAGUUUGAAUUAAACUGCUACACUGCAGAAUUAGAAAAAAAGCAGCUGACAUGUAAAUUGGGAAUAUUUUGCAACAAAAGCAAAUGCAACUUGUUUUGCAUACCUAAGUAUUGUUCUUUUUUUAAACUUUACUCUUUAGGAGCUGCAUUUAUGGAAAAAUGUUGGCAAACAGAUUUUCAUUCUAUAUGCUCUGCGGGCCACAAGGUGCUCCCUAAUGGGAGUGGAUAGUCAGCCCUUUUUGUUUUGUUAUUAUGUGGGUAAUAACUUUGAAAUUUAAUUUAAAACAUUACCUUUCAAUCAGUUCCCAAAUUUAGUCCAAACCUCAUUGCCUGUACGUAAUAAAGAUGUACUUCAUUUCAGUUA